UCCAUUGCUAUGUUCUUUAUGAAUGCCGCAAGUGGAAUCUUGUUUGGGUAGGAAAGAAAAAGGUGGCCUCACUUGAGCUUGAUGAAGUUGAAAUGCUUUUGGGGUUCUUAAGGGACCACACAAGGGGAAUAAGCAGGACAGUUAGAUAUAAGUCAAUGGGAAAUUCAUUCCAGAUUGAUACAGUGACUUAUCACCUGUUAGUUUUGAAAGAUCGAUUUCCCAAUGGCAUCAAUGUCCUCUCUCUUUUCUCUGGGAUUGGUGGUGCAGAGAUAGCUCUUCAUCGUCUUGGUAUCCCGAUGAAGAAUGUUGUGUCAGUGGAGAUAUCAGAGUUGAGCAGAAAUGUUGUGAGGUGUUGGUGGGAGCAGACAAACCAGAGAGGGAACUUGUAUCACCUUGCUGAUGUGCAAGAGUUGAAUGCUAACCGCUUAGAGCAUUAUAUCAGUUCCUUUGGUGGGUUUGAUCUAGUGAUUGGUGGCAGUCUAUGUAACAAUCUUGCGGGUAGCAACAGGCACCAUCGGGAUGGGCUUGAGGGUAAAGAGUCUUCUCUUUUUUUUAUGACUAUUUUCGUAUAUUGGAUUUGAUCAAGGGUAUUAU